AUGAAAAAACAAAUAUCUAUCACAGUUAUUACAAUAUUUUUACUAUUUGCCAUUUCAUCUGCUCAACAAGAAAGUAAACAACCAGAUGAUUCAUUAUUGAUAAGUGAAAUCAGAUCAAACAGAGCGUAUAGACAAGCGAUUCUGCAUCAAAAAGAUAAUGUCAUCAAAUUACCUAACCAUAAGGUUACCACCGCUCAUUAUGUGAACUUAUCCAAAUCCAUGGCUGAAGUACCAUCCAGUGAUGCCGUGGUUAAAGUGUAUGGAGAAGCAAAUCCAAGUAAAACGGAUGAAGAAUUAUUGGAUGUUGAAACAAAUACACAAAUUGUGUAUGACAGCGAUCAUACAUCAUCAAUGCCAUCAUCUGAUCAAAGUAUUCACCAUUUAUCGAUAAGCGGUUAUGGGGCACCGGCAGAAGAAACGGAAACGGCAGAGACGGAUCAACAAGCUGAAGUCAUUACGGAAAUGAAAGCAUCAAUGCCUCCUGCUAUUGAGGAUCCAUAUGGCGGUGGUGGUAGUGGUGCUGACGGUAAUGCAGUUCUGACUGAAGCAGAACAGCAAGCGAUCACUGCGGAAAACCCGUCGACAACAAGCAGAGAAGAAGGAAGUUCUUCUAUCACAAAUACUGAACAAGCUAUUAUACCAAACAAAGAAUCUACAAACAUUACGGAAUCUGAAGAAACAUUUAGGGAAUCAGGAGAAAGCGCAACUGAAUCAAGUAUGAGUGAUGCUAAAGUGACAGAAAGUGUCAAGAAAGCAUGUGCGGAAGAUUGUGAAGUAUCUACGGAAGGGUCAGUGGGAAUAGAUAAAGGAUCUACUGAAGCAAUUGUUGAACUAAGCCAGACUUCUAGUGGUAGUCAAGAAGACAGUAUAGUAUCAUCAACAGGUGACAGCAUAGAAGGUUACAGAGGUAGUAGCAAACAAUUUGAGAGUAAGAGCAACGGUACUGAAGCUGUUGGCAUGUCAACAUCUGAAAGCGAGAAGACAGAAUCAGCACCUGAAGGGUAUGGCGCAGUACCGGAAACUGUCAGAAGCGAAGUACCACUGAAAACAGAAGUAGAAAGUAUUUCCAGUGGGAGCAUUGAAAUUACACUAUCCGAAUCAACUAUGGAAUCAUCCACUUAUAAUAACAUUACGCAUACACAAACAAAAGCGGUCGAUAUGCAAACCGAGGCGGAAGAUUUUGGUUAUGGAGUGAUUUCUGAAACUAUAAAAGAGCAAUCGAGUCAAGAAAAUCAAGAAAGUGUUACUAGAAUUGAAACUGCUACGCAUCAAAGUUUAGAUCAGACAACUGCGCUUGAGACAGAAAUGAGUUCCAACCAAUCCGACUUAGCAACAAACUCUGCGGAAGUCACAAGUGAAUUAUUCACUUCACCUAUAACUAGUAGUACUACAGCGGAUACUUCCUAUAUUAUAACUGAAGGAACAGCUAUCGCAAAGGUAGAAAGUUCUCCAGUCAUUGAAUCAACAGAAAGUAUUUCAGGUUAUGAAAUUCAUAAUGAACCUCAAGAUACCGUAACAGUCAUUAAAGUAGAUUUACCGGGAUUAAACAAAGAAUCAGCAUCUCAUUUGUCAAAAUCGAUUGAGGAAGCAACUGCAUUGUCCAGUACUAGUAUGGAAACCGGAAUGGCAAGCGAAAAAGCCACGAUAGUAUUGGCUGGUACAGUAAGCAAAGGACCAGAAGACUUGAAAGAUUCCACAGAAUCUAGCAUACGAGUAAAUGAAACGACAGGAUUUUUCAGGGAAGCAACUCUUACGUCUACUGAAAAACUACCAGAAUAUAGUACAGUAGCAUCAGAAUAUAUUACGGAUUCAACGUACCAGAAAAAAGAAACUAUAGAAUUGCAGAAAACAAGUGAGAAAAUUAAAGUAUCAUCUUCAGCACCAUAUGAUGUUGAAAAAAUACCUGGAGAUUUAUUAACAACAUCAGAUGGAGCAGUUGUAACUUCUGAAGCUUCUGAGUAUCAAACAGCCACAAAAUUAGAAGGACUAAUGGCAGUGGAAGAAACAACUGAAAUAUCAAAAUCUGAUGAAGGAUUAGUAGGAUAUGGUGAUAUAGGUGAGAGUGAACAGGUAUCAAGUAAGGGAAGUCAGGAAGGAUCAGGAAUUAUUGCCACAGAAACACUUGAAGGAACUACAAAACGAAGUGAAUUGCUAGAUGAAGAAAUUUCAACUAAUGAUGCAACAACGACAUUUAUUGAACAACCAAAGGCAAUUUCAAAUGAGAUGGUUAUACCUGAUGAAGCCACAGGAUCUCAGGAACAACCGAUAGGAUAUGAAGGAUUAGCAUUAACUGCUGAUACUGGUAGAUCUGAAGAAGCACAGCUCAAUCAAACUAUAACUAAUGAAGAGCAAGCAACAGGGUAUGAAUUAAGUGUAUCUAGUCAAAGUGUUGCCACUUCUGAAGUUGAUAUUACAACUGACAAAGUUGUGGCUGUCACAGAAAGUACAUCAACUGCUCAAAGUGAACGCGCAAUUAUCCGAACUAGUCCGGAAGAUUUUGGUUAUGGUGGUGCUGUAGAAGAAGGAAUUACUGAGAGAGAACAUGUCGGUAGCAAUAUUGCAGUAAAUUCAGCAUCUACCAUAAGUAUCGAAGAAACAAUGGAAAAUUCAAAUUUAAGCCAGCAGUAUUCAGAAUUAAGUGGAAGUGCGGAAGCUAGUAAAUCUAGUGAAGGAGAAGCUGUUUAUCUCAAAAGUACUAGCAUGGCGGAACAGUCUGCAAGUGGAGAAGCAACGACAGCGAGUAAAAGUAUUGGUAGUGCACCAGGAUACGAUGUUAGUGUUUCGGAUUAUUAUCCUACAACUGAAGAGAUAAUUAAUGAAUUAUCAGGAUCAGAUGAAAAAUUAACCGAACAACAGGAAAUUGCAGAAAUUACAUCAUCUUUAAAACCGGAAACUAGUGAAAGAAUAUCAGUAGUAAAUGAAGAAACUAGAAACUUUGUAAGCAUCACAGAAUCAGCAGCUGAUGGCUAUAGAGUUUCUGCAGAAGAAAAAUUCACAGAAACUCCAAUUAGUGAAACAAUAUCAAUUCAAGCAGAAUCUAAUAAAAUCUCAACAGAUGCAGAUGAUUUCGGUUACGGUGGAAGACUUGAAGAGGUAACAGAAGCGGAAACUUUAGUGACAACAGCUGAAUCUAUCGUCACAACACAAGGAAUGCAAUUUACUGAUGAAACAAAAAGUGAAACCAUCCAGCAACCUUCAGCAAUAGAAACUUCAUCAAUGGAACGUACUACAAAACUUGAAACAAGUUCUGCAAUUGAAAGCACUGAAAUUUCUUCACAAUAUCCUGUUGCUGAUAGAGGAGACACUAUGACAUCUUUAGAAAAAAAUAAUGAAAUCAUAGAAACUGACAAAUUUUCAGAAAUCGUUGAAUCUACUGUUCCUAGUCAAGCAGCUAAGAUGGAAAGCACAUUAAUGGAUGUAAUAACGAAUGAAGAAGAAACGCCGAUACCCUAUGGUAUAAGUGAAGAAGCUCUAAAACUAAUUACAAUGACAAAGAAAACGGAAACGGGUCUUUCAAAGCUAACCGGUGCUACAGUUGCUGUAACGGAAGAAGCAAAAGAAGAAAGUGAAAUGACUGAUACAGAAACCACAAAAGAAUCUCAUUUAGCAAUUGAAAGUGUUAAAUCUGAAAAAACAUUAGGUGAAGUAAGAAAUGAAAUGGACAGUAUGUCAUCAGAAACUACUUCAGAAAAUACUGCAUCUGAGUUUUAUGAAGCUAAAAUACCUAUGGGUCCUGAAGAUUUUGGAUAUGGAAGUGAAAAAGAACUGAGUACUGAAUUGAUAUCAUCAAGUGCAGAAUCAGUGACGACAAUAAGGUCAGAGUUAUCAUCUAAUGCUGAUCAAACUUCCAUUGCUCCGGAAUUAUCAGUUAGCAAUGAAUACGCAAAUUUUGGAAUGUCAAAAGCGCCCGAAUAUGAAAGCAGUGAAAAAUUGCUGAGUGCAACUGUUCCUUCAGUUACAUCAAAUGCUUUAACUGAAUCAUUUACUAUAAUUCAAAAAGAAAGUGUUACAAGAGAAGAUGAAAGAAGUAUGCCGACUACAAAAGUUUCCGGAAAUGAUGAUAAUAAAACAGAAUUAAGCAAUGCGGUAUCCACUUCAACUGCUAUUUCAGAAGAAAAGAAGCAAGAUGAUCACUCAGAUGUGCCAAACGCAGUAUUAUCAAGCAUACAAUCGAAGCAAACUGGUAACUCAGCAAAACGGAAAUGGAGACCAUUCACUAUAAACUGUGACACGGAAGUGGACGAAAAAGGUGAUCUUUGUCGAGAAUGGGCUAAAGCUGACCUUUGUGACACACAUCGGCCAACAAUGUUUCUUUUUUGUAGGCGGACAUGUCUAUGUAUUGGACCGCCAACAGAUGCGCCAAUAUAA